UCCAUUAUGCAUGCCGAGAACACCUGUGCCAGAUUGAUGCCUCAUUCAGAAAAGUACGUUUUGUAGAGAUCGACCGUAAGAUUAAUUGCCUGCAACGCUGUUUCAUACGUCCCCCUGUGUUUUAUCAUUUCUUUUUCGUAAAAUGUACAAAAACAACGUAUUAUCAUAUGUAUUUACUAAUGGGCAGUCUGAUUAAAAGUGAUUCAUGCUAGGGUCGAUGCCUUUUGUAAAGCUUAGCGUUUGGCUAUUCAUAGUUUAACAGAGGGAGGUAAAUGAGGAACCUACAACGUUGGAUUGCUCCCGCGAAUGUACUUUUGACGAGAAAAUUUCAUGUAUAUUCAUGCAUACACGUUGCAAUCAUGUUUCACUGCAGUACGACAACAAUUGCCGGCGUACGAUCGAACGAAAUAAUCAAUGUGGUGGACAGUUUCAUUAACAUGUCUAGUCCGUUUUACUAAUUUUCUCCAUGUACAAAUUCUUUAUUGCUGCACUCACAAUUUUCAAUUAAAAAAUCAUUACUCUAGAAUUAAUAACAAUAGAUUGAGAAAUGAAAUGUUAUACUUUAGGAUUUGAUUUGGACUAUCAAAUUACCCGUACGAGGUAAAAUUCAUCAACAUUUUUAUACUUCAUGGAAAUCAAUUUUCUGAUAUUUAUUAACACCCGUGUGUGGUAGAUUUGAUUAUUUGAUUGAUCGGAUAGUUCAGAAAACCGAAUUCCGUGUUAGGUAUCGUGCGGGUGCUGGUCAACUCUAUCAUCGAACGAGGUUUAAAAUUAAAAAAAGACUUAAAUAAAUGAGCAUUGGUCGAUUUUAAUAAUAUGUAGAAUACUUAUUUUAUGUAUUUUACGACAUCAACUUGCAAUAAAAUUUCAAACAGCUACAUGUUUGCAUGAACUUGAAGCAAAGAGGUGAAUUUUGUAUGAGUAAAAAAAGGCAAACUACUGAGUAUGCAUGAACACGGAGCAAACAAUUGGGUAUGUAUGGGCUAGAUUCAAAUUACGGAGUAUGCAUAAGCUUGAAGCAAACAACUGAGUGUGUAUUAUCUAGAACCAAACAACUGACUAUGUAUUAGCUAGAAGCAAAUAAUAUAGGAACAAACAACUGAGUAUGCAUGAGAUCGUACUAAACAACUGAGUAUGCAUGUAUUAGCUUGAAUUAAACAACUAAUUUUGUUUGAGUUAGAAGCAAACAACUGAGUUUGUGUGAGCCGGAUGCAAAAAACUGAAUAUGCAUCAGCUUGGUGCAGACCUUUGAAUAUGAUUGUAUGAGCUGGAUAUAAACAAGUGAUUAUCUGGAUGUAUGGGUUAGAACCAGACGUCAAAUAAGUAUUUUGAGUCAAAUGCAAACAUCUGAGUAUGUAUGAGGUGGAUGCAUACAACUGAGAAGCUGCUUUGGAAAAUGAUUCUCAUGGUGGUUUUAUGUUUCCAGUUUUAUCACAGCAGCGGCGAAUUGUCCAGACAUGAACUAAUCCACCAAUUAAUUGAUGAGUCCCACUACGAUCCAUUGAUUGCCCCGAACUAUGAAGAUGAUUUUCCGACGAACAUUUCUGUCCAAAUGCUCAUAAAGAACAUUCACAGUCUUGAUGAACUUCAUAUGGAUUUUUCAGUAGAUAUCAUAUUCAGACAACGAUGGACAGACAAGCGUCUCAAAUUCAACCAUUCAACGGUCAGAGUUUUGGAACUCGAUCAGAAGAUGAUAGAGAGAAUAUGGGUUCCAGAUUCUUUCUUUCCACAAGAAAAGCGAGCUGAAAUUCAUGAUGUCACCGUCCCAAAUCGCUUACUUCAUAUUUAUAGAAAUGGAACGGUAUUUUAUAGUAUGAGAAUAGAAAUGACACUGUCCUGCGCAAUGGCUCUACAAAACUAUCCGUUGGAUCGUCAAGUAUGUCCAGUAUCGAUUGAAAGUUACAGUUACACGAGAGAAAACAUCGAUUUUUACUGGGAACGUCACAACCCUGUCCUUAUUCCAUCGAUAUCUCUCCCCCAGUUCACCAUGCCAGACACAGUCAAAACGUCAGCAUGUUCGACGGAGUACGGGGAAGUUGGAGACUUCGCUUGUUUACUUGUUGAAUUACAGUUUGAUAGAAACACUGGAUACUACAUCGCCCAAAUUUUUAUUCCAAGCAUACUUAUAGUAAUCCUAUCAUGGGUGUCGUUUUGGGUUGAUAUAGACGCCAUUCCUGCGCGUGUCUCGCUAGGUGUCCUCACAGUUCUCACCAUGACAACGCAGAGUUCCGGUGCACGAAGCGCUUUACCGAGGGUGUCUUACAUCAAAGCCAUAGAUGUUUGGAUGGCAGUUUGUCUUACCUUUGUUUUUAUGGCUCUUUUGGAGUUUGCCUACAUCAACGUUGUUUCGCGGAGAAAUUCCAAACCUAUCCGCACUGCGUCACAAUGUGAUAAAGCAUUAAAUAAAGGAACAUCACCAUCGCCAAUGAUGCCCAUCCUGAGACACAUCGAUUUUAUAAAGAGGGCCCGACAGGUGGAUAAAGUGGCCCGAGUUGUAUUUCCUCUUAUCUUCUUCCUGUUCAAUAUUGGGUUUUGGGUGUUCUAUCUAAGCAUUAACACGGACAACAAAUUUUGAUAGCAAUUGCUUUCUAAACAUUUACCAAAGACAACGACAUGUGGUAUCAACAAGAAAAUAUUUGACGCCUUGUGUUCAAAACACAAUUACUGGGAUAUAGAUUCCGGUCUGGCCACUUUUUAUUCAAACGAACAUAGAGAUACCCCAAAACGAGGUCGGCCACUUGAGGACCUGAUGCAAGCAAGACUAAAAAUCCCGGUUUUUACACCAUUUAUACAUGUCGAACAUUACAUUUUGUACUUUUUUCAAUUUUUGUCUUUUUGAGAGAUUACUCUUUUCUAUGUAUUGUCUGCUGCUUCGAUUUUAUUAAUAUUACCAACCUAUUCAGUAUGAAUGUUGUUUUCGUGAAAUGACUGAAAAAUAGACAGAAGUUCCGAGAAUGCCAUUCGAAGACAUACUGCGCAUUUUUAAAAUACAAAACAUGUAACGAGUUUAAGUCAAUUUGAGAUUUAAGUAAAUAUUUAAUUCUUGUAAUUCUUGUAAUAUUUCAACUUUCUAUUUAAUUGAAUUCUAUUCUUGGGCAGAAUAUUUAAAAAUCUGCGGGAAAAUUG